AAUAGCUAGUAGUUUGGUGCAGUUCUCAGCUUCUGACGCCCGGCCUCGCGGUUUAUUAUAAAAUUAAACAAAUUUCCAUAAAACUCAAUAUCCAGUUUGAGAUUACGUGCGAAAUUUGUGUGACACAGGUGCUAGUGUAAACAUAAACAUUGGACUGUAAAGUGUAAAGUGUUUGUGUUGAAAUCAAAAGUGCAGCAAGUAUUUUAGUUUUCCUUUUUUAUACUUUUAGAGAUUUAUAUGCGUUUUGAAAUAAAAUGUGUGUAAAAAGACUAAAUCAAAGGACAAAGUGCAAAGUGCAAAAUAAUUAACUUGUCUCGCAGUUUUUAUGUAUUUUGAUGGUGACAGUUUUUACUCUAAGUGAACAUGGCGCCAUCAAGCGGCGGCCGCGAAUACUUUUGCAGUACACGUCCAAAUCGCCGGAGCGUGCCAACCCUAGUUUUAAGAGCUUUAGCUACUCGGCCGAGCCGGGGGAAACGAUAGCUACAACCAAAGAAGAGGAAUGGGUGACUCGUAAAACGAGUGAAGUAACGACCACACGACAGAUCGCGACUCACGUCAAGCGCGAGCUUGUGCUGGAAGACGGCCGCAUCCUCCAGGACUCCGGGCCAAAGAUAUCUACCUCCGUCAAUGAGGAUACACACACCACAAACUAUCAACAAACUGAACACAGAAUACCUGAAGAUCAAAAGGGGGAGACUGAGGCUGAACAGAUCAAAGGGCAGAACGCUGUACACAUAGAGGAAAUACAAGAUGCACCAGACGGUUCGAUUGCCCCAGCGGGCGCUAAAGUCUUGGUAUCGUCCAGCGUGGUCGCGAACCCCGAUGGAAAAGUGCGGGAGAGCCACGAGCGACGAGUCCUUACCAGGAACGUCACUGACAGAGUCCGGGAAACGGAGGAGAGGAUACAUCGAGGGGAUACCACUCAUGAUGCUCUUAUAACAGCAGUUAACGAGACGAAGGAGGAGGACAUCCGAGAUGCUCUGAAGGUGCAGACGGAGCAGCAGCUGGCGCUGGUGCCGCGCGGCCCGAAACUCGUGAAGGACACCGUCGCUUACAACACCACUGUCACUACUGAUGAUACGGAGGAGCUACGAGCCUUGCGGCCGGACGGUACGAUUGUGACCGAAACGCGUCACACGAAGGAGCAAGAACAACUCUGUGACGAAGAACUGUCUAAAGACGAGGCGAAAUCGUUAGCAAGUGACGCGAGUUUAGUACAGGAAACUGGUGGCACGGAGCGACGAAAAAGAGUUGAUCUAGAAAAAUCAACCGAUCUCAUGGCGGGCGGAUUGCGAGUUGCAACACAAGUACAUUCAAAGACUAGAACUGAGGAAGUUGAAAAAGAGGACCAACCGAACAUGGAUGACGACUGGGAGAGUUUAUCCGUGAGGAUGCGUCGUCAGCGCCGUCUAAGACAAAGUGAACUCGAAAAAGAAUACGCGAAACGACCAAUCAACUUUGACAUUGAAGAGGAAACGCGGAAGAAGGAAACGUCCAAGUGGCUCGAGAAUCAUUUCGGCAGCGAAUCUCGCUCUUCCCAUGACUCCAUAGCUGAAGAAAUAGAACGGCACCCCAAACCAGGAUAUUACCCUAAGAAAGCCGAUGACGAAGGAUACUACGGCAAAACUUCCUCUUCAGUCCCACCUCCACCGGUCUACGGAGAUAGAGUUCUUCGCAAAACAAAAUCUUCGACACCGUCCGACGAGCGUCCUGUUGUAUCGGGGAACAGAACAGGCGGCUAUUUUAAAGGAGUGGCAGAUUGGUCGCAGCGACGCGCCACCAAGCCGAGAAUGCCUGAGCCACGAAGUUCGUCCCCAUCGCCACCUGUUGUACGAUCUCCGUAUACCAGUAACGACCGGCUAAAUGACUCCUCACCUAAACAUGUAUAUAAACGAGACUCGCCCCAAGGGAGGUCAUCGCCGAUCGGUCGACGUAAUCCGCCUUCGCGAGACGACUCCGCCUACGUUUCAUCGUCGACUAUGCACAGCCCGCCACGUGGAUCCCCGUUUAGGCCACUAGAGACCGAUAGAUCAUUCCGCGAGCCAUCGGUCGAAGACGAUUAUCGACCACCGAAAGCUCCCGAAAGGAAACGCCAUUCAAAGAAAAUAAUGUCCGAGGACCACCGAUACGACAGUGGCUACAGAAGCUCAUCACGGAAUGAUAAUUCGGGCCGUUCGAGAGACAGUCGUGACGAGGGCGCCGUAGAGCCUCCCCCUGACUAUUCCCCUCCCAGAGACCGUAGAGGGAGUGCAGAUAGGGAACGGACACCGCCGCGCCGGCGUGACAGGGAUGAGAGGAAGCAAAAUCAAAAGACCCGCUUCGCUGAUAACGGCAGGCGACCCUCACCCGUGCGGAAAUCGGUCGGUUCGGCGAUCGGCAACUCGAUAAGGAAGCUAGUGGGGAAGAUUCGCUCGGCGUCUUCGGAGCGGAAGAGUCGCUGGCGCAGCUCUCGCACGCCGUCGCCGGAGCACUCGUCGCGCACGUACAAGCAGUACGGCGGCGAGCUGGCGCCCCCCGCGCCCCCGCACCGCUACUACCUCGGCGAGGACCCUUUCGCGCCCAGCAUCUAUGGCCGUGAGCACAAGUACGAGGGCAGUCCGAGACGAACCGCUGCUGUCGACACGCGUGACCAGCGCGAAAGGGGCCAGUUCUCGAGCACUCUCGGUCGGCUCAGUCACUCUACAAGCCGGCUGAAUCCCGGUGAAGCAGACGAAGAUUACACCCGAAGCGCUCAGACCCUACCCCGAAAGCUACACGAACGGAAAGAGAAACCCACCGAAAAACCAAGCUCCAGUAAAUACUGGCAGCGACUCACAAACAACAAACGGUCUACCAGUGCCAUUAAUAUACCGAACAACGUAUCAGCAGCGCCGGAGGGAAAGAUAAACGGGUAUCCGCCUGGCCCUGCAAAGCCAGCGCGGACCUACAAAGGUCUCAAUAGGAGUAAGAGUUUUGCUAUGGGAGCACCCGAACAGGAGACACAUCCACGUUACGUUACUGGUAUGAGCAGAAAUUAUUCCACGAUGUACAAAUCAAAUCCACACCUCAGUAGGCUGGAUGAGACUCCAGAACAGCUGAAAAGUCCAGGAAUUGUGUCAAUCAUAAAUCGAAGCCAGCGAGAUUUAGCGGAUGCUGUGUCACGCGAAACUGAGCGUCGACGGGAUGGAUUAUUUGGUGCCCGUUACGGGAAAACUACGCCGAUGACCAACGGUCACACAAAUGGGUACAAUAAAUCUUACGAUGAAACAGAUAAGAAAAAGAUAUUCCUUAAAGGACUACGAGAGAGGGCACCAGAAUUAUAUCAAACCUUACACGCGGACGACGAGUCUGACGGCAGCAGAUUAUCAUCCCGAUACAACACCCCGUCGCCGCAUUAUAAAGAACGGAUAUCGGAGGAACGCAAAAUACCAUUGUAUAAAACUGAAUCAUUAAAUAGAGAGUCGAGUCCCUUUGUCUCGCGUUUGGAGACGAGAAUAAAAUCACCAGUGAAUCGGCGCGAAAGUAACAGCAGUGACAAUUUUUCUGAAACAUAUCGGUAUACCACGCGCUCAGGUGAUCCUGAGAGACCUAGCGUAACAGAUACCGUAGAAACUGUUAGUAAAAAAGUUAUUCCAUCUAGAGAUGGGAGGUCUAAAGAAAUAAUCCAAUCAAGGGAGGUGAAUUCGGUGACAAAGAGUCGGGGCUACAACGAACCUAUUGCAAGCACCAAGUACUAUGAGAAUGGCAUUCGUAGUUCUCAUGGCUAUGAAUCUAGAAAUGGAACGGCGCCGCACUAUCCCGAACGAAGGAGAAGUAAUUACAAAGUGUCUGAAAAAGUAAGGGAUUAUUGAACACCGAGCGCGACUUGAUUAUUAUAAUUGCCAUAUUUUCAUAUAACAUAAUUAGUGUCACACAGACUGAAAAGUUGAAAUUUAAUCACAUGUUAAGUUAGGUGGUCAUUAACUGCAUUCGUUAACAUGUUAUUUGUUAAUUUAAUGUUAGUUGCUUCAUGUAAAAAGUCAUAUAGCUUUACUAAUUUUAUUUCGAUAUUUGUACCUAAUAAGUGAUCUAAUUCCGUCCAGUAAAGAAUUUUAAACGAUUAUACCUACCUACUUGUAUUGUAUUGAAAACUUUUGAUGUAUGAUUCUUUUUUUUAUAAUAAUUUUGAUAACAUUGGAAAUAUUAAAAUUAAGAAUUUUAAUAAUAUUGUACCCGUAAAAAUAAAUAAUGU